AUGGCCCUUCCAGCCUCAGCUCCUUACCUCUCUCGUUCGGGAAGCCCCCGCCUCUCCCGCUCCUUUCGCCAUCAUGGCCACUCCCUCCGCAACUCCCGCCGUCCGCUCCUUCCCUCCGCCGACGCGUUUCUCCUCCUCCCCCUUGUCGCGCUUCUCCUCUCCCCCGCGCCAUCGUUCUACCCCGCGCCGUCCUCCCCCGCGCCAUCAUCAUUCCGCGCGCCGUUUUCCGGCGCGCCUUCGCACUUCUUCCGCGCGCCGUUGCUCUUCCUCGGAGGCGUGGCAUCCGCGCGCGCUGCGCCCAUGAGCGUGCUGGACGUGUUCCGCCCGUCGUGCCCGCUUCCGCACAUGAGCGGACCCUCCGGUGGUUGGAGCAAAUGGAGCGAUGUGACUGUAUGGGGGGCAGCUUUCAGGGGCAGCAGGGACCCUCCUGGGGUGCGGUCAAGAGCAGGAGGGAACGUGACAGUGCCGUGUGGCAUGGCUGUGCUGCUGGACGUGGCUAAUGUCACCCUCGACACGCUACACGUGCAUGGAUGGUUGAAGCUUUUGGACGAGAAGCCACGGCUGCCGCGCAUCGAGAUCCGUGCCAACUUCAUUAUAGUCACCGGGCGGCUGACCGUGGGGGAAAAGGACAAGCAGUUUGCCGCCCAGGCACUGUUCACGCUCACGCCCAACAGUGGGCGUCAGAGGAGGGAGUAUGCCUUCACGCUCUUCCCCCCGGCAGAACCCGCCUUUCCCAGGCCUCUGGGCCACAAGGUGUUUGCCGUGGUCGGAGGGCAGGUUGACUUGCACGGCCUCCCAGGCCCGCCGUCCAUGCCUGUGUGGGUGCGCUUGAAUAAGACGGCGAUCGCCGGCCAGAAGGACAUCGUGGUGGACGCUGAUGUCAGCACGUGGCCAGUGGGCGGCGAGAUUGCGAUUGCGUCUACGAGUGCCAAGAUGGAUGAAGCCGAGAAGGCAGUGAUUGCAGGAGUCACACCCCUCCCUCAGGGCUACCGCAUAUCGCUCACCACCCCCCUGAAAUACUCCCACGACGGCAAUCCCAAGGCCGUCCCGGACGGGUUCGGAGGGGCGGUGGAUGUGAGGGGGGAGGUGGGGCUGCUGCACCGGAACAUCGUGAUCUACGGGGUGCAUGAGACGGGGAAAUACGAGCUGGAAGAGGGGGUUCAGUUCGCCUACAUGGGGCAGCAGGGCGUGCUGGGGCGGUACCCUAUGCACUUCCACGUGACCCCUCAAUUCAUUGAAGGAGUUCAGUUCGCUUACAUGGGGCAGCAGGGCGUGCUGGGACGGUACCCGCUGCACUUCCACGUGUGUGGGGAGGCGAAUCAGAGCCAUGUCGUGCGGAAAAACGCGAUUGUAUACAGCAAGCAGCGCUGUGUGGUGAUUCACGCGACGAGCAACAUGACAAUCGAAGACACGGUGACGUACGAGAGCAAGGGGCACUGCUUUCUGGUGGAGGAGGGGUCGGAGAACAAUAAUGUGUUCAGGCGAAACCUGGGGAUCAGCGUGCGGAAAGUGAAGGUGGUCAUCCCCUCUAAAGAGUCGUACGAUAAGCACACAGACGACAAGCCGAGCACGUUCUGGAUGGCCAACCCCAACAACAACUACGUUGAUAAUGUGGCUGCCGGGUCGGAGGAUUCAGGGUACUGGACAGAGCUUAAAGAGGGGAUGAGGGGUCUAUCCCAGCUCCUACCUAACGCCCGCAACAUGCAUCCCAUAGAGACCAAGUUCGGCCUUUACUCGGGGAAUGUGGCGCAUUCAGCCAAGUUUGGGUUCCGCUCCUACCCCCAUGGCAUGUUCCCUUAUGCGCCUGGUGCCAGGGUGACCCUGUCUAAUUUCCUCAUCUACCGCAACGAAGUUGGCAUGUUUCUGCACAUCACGCGUCUCAUGACCAUCCAGUCCUCCCUCUUUAUCGACAAUGGUCUGUCCAUCCACGUCAAGACAGACACGGGGGUUGUUGUGGAUCAGUGCCGGUUCAUUGGCCGCACCCAGAGCUGCCCAGGCAUAACAGACACGGGCGUCGUUGUGGCUCAGUGCCGGUUUAUUGGGCACACCCAGAUCUGUGAGGUGAGCAGGGAGCAGAUCUGGGAGGUGAGCAGGGAGCAGAUCUGUGAGGUGAGCAGGGAGCAGAUCUGUGAGGUGAGCAGGGAGCAGAUCUGGGAGGUGAGCAGGGAGCAGAUCUGGGAGGUGAGCAGGGAGCAGAUCUGUGAGGUGAGCAGGGAGCAGAUCUGGGAGGUGAGCAGGGAGCAGAUCUGUGAGGUGAGCAGGGAGCAGAUCUGUGAACCCUGCUCACCUCACAGAUCUGGCUUUGAGGCGCCUCUGGGUAUAGUAAUAACACAAAUCUCGCCUCGAGACCUGCUGGAGCCAAAUAAAAUCACCAACUCAUGGUUCGCGUCCUUUGGCACGUGUAGAGCAGCCAGCCCCGCUAUAAUGCUCACCACUAACCCGUAUGGUGGAUUCUGGACGCCCUCCACUGCUGUAGAGGGCCUUCGCUUUGCCAAUGACACCAACAGGCUCUGGGCCUCACCCAACCCGGCCUCUGGCUACAUUCGAUCCGGCGCUCAGCUCGCCAACUUCUAUGCCUUAUGGGACCUCGACGGGUCUCUGUUAGGAAACAGCACCACCAGCAGCAGCAGUAGCACCAGCGGUACCACCACUCCUUCUAGACCCGCUUCAACUGCCGCUGGUUUCGGCUUUGCAAUAGCUCCCUUCGAUCCCAUCCUCCCGCCUCCCUCCCUCCGCUCCUCCCCCUCCUUUGCCUGCUCCUACCAACCCUCCUGGUCCGCCCAUACCUGCACCGGACCUGCCGCCUGCUUCCGAUCCUUCGCUCUUUUCUACAACGAAUCAGUCACUAAAGAUCAGACAGCAAAACUAGGAAAGGACAAGCGGCGCCCGUACAGCUAUGUUACGUUCACGCGGUUACAGGAUAACGCGACAUUCGUCUCGGUGGGAUCGGAUAACGAUUACGAUGACGAUUUUCCCCAGCGGUACGGCGCAUCUCGGCCGCUUCUGCGGCAGGUCACUGCGACGCUAUUGGCUGGAUUCUCGUACCGGGUGACGAUCCAACGGUCGGAAAUAGGCCCUGGAUUUUUCUACCCGUCGGCUGUGCAGUUGAUGAUGCUGGAUGUGGGGGGAUGCAUGGGAGGGCUGACUGUGCUAAUGGAUACUCCAUUAAAUUCGCAGGAUAAGCAAUGGAGCGUGGUUUCUAAUAACCCUGAAGCGCCUUGCCCUGGAACCCCAGUCAACUCGUCGAUAGCUUAUCGACGUUCCGCAUGCAUCAGCGGGAAGCCGAUGCUGGCCUUUGACAUCGGCAGCACAGCGAUUCGCUCUAUAGCGAGGAUAGAACUCACUAAGAGCACCAGCGGCAGCACUUGUACCACUGCCAGGUGCUUCAUGAGCCCAAGAAGAUUUGAAGGGUUAGAUUGA